AUGGCGAUAUGGCCCUUUAAUCGCAAGAGCAAACGGCACACCAUCCAAGUGACCGGUGCCGAGGCUGCUGAUCUUCAUUCCACAUUUGCCGAACCUACCGUCGAGCCCACCUUGGGCCGCAAAUCCUCCAAACGCCAAAGCAACCGCACACGGGAUGCUGCAGACAGCCGCCGCAGCUCGGCCCUCGUGCCGUCAACUCGACCUAUCUCAUCCCUAGAUCGCCCUGCUUCCAUCGAUCAGUCACGGAACCCUCCACGCGACCCUCCACUCUCAAGAACGGGUUCCCUGCUGAGGCGGAAACCAAGCCAAAAUUCAAAUGUUCCGAAUAAACUACGACGAAGGCUGAGCAAGCGCAAGGCAAAUGAGAUCAUGCGCGAGCGGGAAAUUCGUAUGCUCUCAUCCACCCCCAUCGAUAUCCCCCAUCCUACUCCAGGCAGCGGAGAUUAUGCACUGGAAAAACGCCGCCGAAAGGCAACCGGUAGGCGUGCCGACCGGUACAUGUCUGACAUCAGCCUCUCCAUCCGUGACUCCGCCACCUCCUCCACGUCUGACAUCUCCGACCCAUACACCUACAAGGUCAACGCCUUUGCCGCCUUGACCCCACGCCCCAUCGUUCGUUAUGUGGAAGCCCCUCGCCUGCAGACCGCCAGAAGCAGUAACACACCCGCUUCUAACCGUCAGGAAAGAGAGAAGCUCCAGGCCCUGACCAUGUCUGAGGAGGACUUCUACUAUUCCAAGCGACGAGUCAAUGAACUCGCUGACUCAUUAGAUGCCGGGGCUUUAAGAGAACUGCUGGAUCGCGACCGUCGCCGCCGGGAGAAGAAGCAGGUCGACGACCAGGAAAGGCUUCGACGCAAGCUGCAAGAGAGGGCUGAUGCUCAGCAGGCGGAGGAGCGAAAAGUCCAGGCCGCCACCCCUAACCCCGAGCCCGAACCAGAAACCGAAAUCGCUCAACCAGAGCCGUCCAUCGCCGAAGUCGCUGAACCCGAAAUCGUUGUCCCGAACGAAGAGAGCACCCCUCAAGUUGAUGAACCGACGGCUGUCGCACCGGAGAAUGAAUCGUGGUUGCUGGGAGCUUCCAAAGGCAGUGAGCACACUGGACGCGAAUCGCGGGAAAGCUCUCGCCUAGUUAGCAAUAUCGAUGAUAGUUCCGUUCGUGAGCGGAGAUUGGUUCAACGUCCUAGCUUCGCCCCGUCACAGGACAUUACCAUGUCCCGGACUACUCUUUCCCCCUCUCAUUCAUCAGUUCGGCAUGGAGUCAAUAGCCCAACCCAUUCACAAGUCUGUGGGCCCAGCUCCGCAUCGGACAUCUCUAGGGGAGUUGACUCGGAACGCCGACUUUCCGACACCAGCGGUCGCCGGGGGAAUACCAUUACAUCCCUGUUCAGACGUGGUUCUUCUCGCCUCAAGCGGACGUACAAAGAGCGAUUCCAUGACACUACCCCGGAAGUUUCCAACGCCUCGCAUGAAUCUUUCUACAAAAUUCACACCCAGUCAUCACCCCCUCCACCCUCGAUUGUCCCUCCAAGAAUUUUAAUGCCCAGUGGAACCGUGAAGCGCUCUCAAUCCAAGUUCACUGAACACUUUGGCGAUGAACCUCUCUCGCCUCCUGAUUCCCGCCUCCAGUCGCCAGAUAUCCCGGAGGAAGUUCUUGAGUCCUCUCUCUCGAGAGAUCAGACUUCUUUGCAUGGACCAACACCCAGCCCUGGUGUGGACAUCAAAAAUCCGAACCGAAGCCAUCAUCGGUCGUGGGGUUCUGAUAGUAUUGACACCGAGGCCGACAAUGUGCCACUUUCCCAAUCCCUGGCUUCAAUUGAUUCUGAGGGAUCUUGGAUGUCAGGCCAGUUUUUCCGUCGGAUGUCCCAAAAGCCUAGCAGUCCAGUUCGAUCGAAUUUGAACUCAUUUGGCCGAGACUCUGUAGAGGAACCGGCAGAUGCCUGCGAUGAGAUAGAAUCACUGGAUGAGUCUCGCUGUCUUAGCAGCAAUGUCCUUGAACCGGAGCUCGAACCGGAAUCUGCAGACAGUUCGGCAAGCCACCCCAACCCUGCUGAAAGAUGGCACAACGAGGUUGGCCGUCGCGCUGUUCUGGUGAAUCCAGUGAUCCGCCCCAAGUCUACACAAGGAAUGCUCAGAGGAUAUUCCUCCUUGACCCCCAUCAAUGCAGAGGAAGAUUACAUUAUGGAGGAGGCGACUCCUCCGGAAUUGCGGCGGAUUCCCAGCGCGAGAGCCGAGAUUGGUUAUGCCGAAUAG